GUCUGGAUGUCGCCGCGGUUCUGUAGCAUCACCAGGCGCGACGGUGUGACAUCACGUGGCCCUAUCGAUAACGUUAGUAGCUACCCACGACUGGGAGUCUCAAGGAGUUCCUAGAGCUUUGUUGAAGCCUCGUGUCUGCUGGAUACUGAGAAAAAAUGCGAAUCUCCGGCAAUUUCGGAGUUUUAAGGCUCCUGAGACGAGUAGAGGUUCCUAGGAGUUGUCUCUAUAGCUCCUCUUCCACUCAAGCAUACGACCCCCUUCGCAUCUUGUUCUGCGGCUCAGACGACUUCAGCAUCGCUUCCCUGAAGGCUCUUCAUGAUGAGCAUGUGAAACGACCCGAUCGGAUUGCGUCGAUUGAUGUUGUUUGCAGACCGGGGAAAAGAGUUGGCAGAGGCUGGAAGAACAUACGUGAAGUGCCUAUAAAAGCUGCCGCAGCAGACCUCAAAUUGCCAGUGCAUGAGGUCGAUACAUUCAGGGGAUGGACACCGCCCGAACUUCCGGCUGGCCCGGUCAACCUCAUAGUGGCAGUCUCCUUUGGUCUCUUCGUGCCUUCUCGCCUACUUAAUGCUUCGAAAUACGGGGGGCUGAAUUUGCAUCCUUCCCUGCUUCCGGACUUCCGUGGCCCGGCUCCGUUACACUACACUCUCAUGGCCGGCAGGACUCGAACCGGUAUCACGCUCCAGACCCUUCAUUUGAAACACUUUGACCAUGGAGUCAUUCUUGCGCAGACUCCUGCACCCGGUCUCGAGAUACCAAACCCCAAGACCUGUACAGUGACGGAAUUAAGCCGUUUCCUUGCUCCCAAGGCAGCACAGAUGCUUGUUGAUGGCAUCAGAGAUGGGCUAUUUGUUCCGCCUUUGAGAGAGGCCGGCUGGUUGGCUUCUGAAAAAGGGAAUGGGCUUGUCCACGCGGCGAAGAUCACACCAGACGACCGGCAUGUCGAUUGGGUCAAUUGGACAUCUUUAGAUAUCAGCAGACGGAACCGGACUAUUGGACCGCUCUGGAACAAUGCAGUUGUCGCCAAACCUUCAGCUGACGGGGUCCCUUUGUUCCAGCAUAGGAGAGUUAUUCUCACGGAAGUGGAAGAAGUCGACCCGCCAAGGGGUUGCGAUGUCCUUUCGCUCGUUCCGGGUCUACCCUUUGUUGAUGGAUCUCCCCCAUUUGAGUCCAACCAACAGAAGAAUGUCUACAUUUUUACUCGUGAUGGUAAACUGCUUUGCAUCCGCAAAAUGAAGGUGGAAGGUGAAACAUCUGUCGACGCCUUCCGAGCUGCCCUCAAGGCCAAAAUGACCAGCAGCCAACCGUUCAACUUGGACAGUGGGAGUUUUACGCCAUUCUAUAACCCUCUUUCAUAGGGGGUGAUGAUUUAAUGGAUUUUUGCAAAUAUUUUACAGCGUUGUAGCUCACUGUGAUACCCAAUGUCCUAAUAUGGCUUGUAUAAAGGAUAUAUUGAUUUCUGACUCAAUCCCUGUUGCUUUUAUAUAGCUUGAUGCAUCAUCUAAUAAAGAACCCCGAGUCUAUAUUGAAAUGAGCACUGGUACCUGCGAUUUAGGGUUCAACACUUACCAACUUGAAUUGAU